AUGGAGAAAACGAAGCAGUCGGCGGCGCGGGAGGCGGAGCGCCAGCAACACGAGGAAGAGUACGCCGCAGUGCAAGGCUCGUCCGGCGUCAACUGUGUCCCCGGGAAGUUCCUGCCGUCCACGGGGCCCAAGGAACCGCCCCACACCAACAUGCUCCACUGCGCCGUCGCCGAAGGCUCCAGUGCCCCAGGCGCGUCGGGCGCGGUCGGAAGGCCCAGUUACGGGGACGCUCGGGGACAGGGCCGGUGCAUGGGCGAAGGCGACCAGGAAGCCCCGGAGGGAACACGCGCCGCGGCCCCCGAGGAGACAGCGGCCUCGUCGAAGGGAGACACAGAGCAAAGCGCCAAGUACGUUGUUGUGCCUCUGGAGCACCUGCCUCAGGGCACCUCACUGAGCGAGCACGACGUUCACCUGCUUCACAAAGCGCAUCAUGGAGACCCGUUCGGCGUCUUAGGGUGCCAUGAAGUGAAAGGCGGCCAGAAGGAAAAAAUCGUCGUUGUCAGAGCGUGGAUUCGAAAUGCCAAGAGCAUUCGCCUGCGGGCCUCUGGACGCUCCGAGUGUGUCUUGACCUCUGAAGAGCCGGUGCCGAUGGAGAAGCGUGCAGACUUCCUCUUCCAGAAGGCCUUUGCCGUUCACCGUGUGGCCUCAGAAGAGACUGCGUCGCCUUCGAAGCGGACCGAACCAGUCAAACCAGGCGAGGCACUGCGGAGCGAAGACUCCCCUGUGGCGUUCAAGUAUGAUCUUUUAUGUGUGUACGAAGGAGACGAGACAAAUGAGGAACGGGUUGCCCACGACACGUACACCUUCGGCGUUCUGCUUCCCCGUUUUGACCUCGAACUUUUCCAGUCUGGAUCCUGCUGGCACGUGGACAACCUGAUGGGCUCUCACAUUCUCACCGUGGAGGGCAUUCGAGGCGUGCGGUUCGCAGUCUGGGCGCCGAGUGCCUGCUUCGUGAGUGUCGUCGGAGACUGGAACGGCUGGGACGGCCGAGCACACCCGAUGCGGCGGCGGAUCGAAUUCGGCGUGUGGGAACUUUUCGUUCCUGACAUUGGCGCAGGCGAAAAGUACGGCUACCGUAUUCACACUCGAGGUGGCCUCGACAUUAUCAAAAUCGAUCCCUACGCCCAAGAGUUCGAGAUCCCACCCAAAACAGCGAGCAUCAUCAGUGCUUGCGACGACGCAUUUCGCAAGCCCGAGGAACGCUUCGUGUGGAACGACCAGGCGUGGAUGGCGCGGCGAAAGGAACUGGGCGAGAGAGACCUUCUUCGGAGACAGCCCAUGGCCAUCUACGAAGUCCACCUCCCCAGCUGGAUGCGCGGCGACAACAACACCUAUUUGUCAUAUCGAGAACUCGCAGAUAGGCUGGUCCGUCACGUAAAAACCAUGAACUUCACACACGUCGAGUUUUUGCCUCUCGCCCACCAUCCUUUUGAAGGCUCUUGGGGCUACCAGGUCACGGGUUUGUAUGCGCCGUAUAGUCGCCUCGGAAACCCUGACGACUUCAAGUACCUCGUGGACACGCUGCACCAGAGCGGCAUCGGCGUUUUCCUCGACUUUGUCCCCGCCCACUUCUGCAAGGAUUCCUGGGGCUUGGCGCGCUACGACGGAGAGCCUUGCUAUGAGUAUGCAGACCCCCGCGAAGGCGAGCACAAAAUGUGGGGCACCCUCGUCUUCAACUUUCGCCGGAGCGAAGUUCGCUCCUUCCUUCUGGGAGCGGCGUACCACUGGCUGCGGCGGUACCACAUCGACGGCCUGCGCAUCGACGCAGUCUCCUCGAUGCUCUACAAGAAUCACCAGCGCGACCCUGGGGACUGGCUGCCGAACGAAUUCGGGGGCGACGCGAACCUGCAAGCGAUGUCGCUCCUCCAAGAGCUGAACUGGGUCGUGCACCAGGAGUUUCCGGGCGUCUUCACGAUGGCUGAGGAGAGCACCAGCUGGCAAGGCCUACUUGUGCUUGCCUCUCUACAAGCGACCGGAGCCGGCGUGUCACAACAAACUGACCUUUCGCGGCUUAUACAUGGCGCACGAAAAACACUCUUUGGCUACCAGGUCGGCUCGCCGGGUCGGCCGCUCAUCUUCAUGGGAGCAGAAAUCGGACAAGGGAGAGAGUGGAAAGACAACAGAUCCGUCGACUGGCACGAAGGCGAGGAAGAACUUCGGAAGAAGCUCUGCAUUUGGGUUUCCGACCUCUUGGCGGUGUACGUACACCACAAGGCGUUGCAUGCGGGAGACGACGAGCCGUGGAACUUCAAGUGGACCGACUGCGAUAACAGCAAAGACUGUGUCAUUGCCUUCCUUCGGUCCUACAUGGACUGGUACAACGACAUUCUGGUCGUCUGCAAUUUCUCACCAAACGUCUAUUACCGCUACCCCAUCGGCGUGCCGCACGGAGGAGAGUGGGAAGUUAUCUUGAACUCUGACGACUGGAGAUACGCGGGCGGCAUGGUUGGCCCAGGGAAUCUCUCGCGGAUCCACACCACUCAAGGCGGACGACUUGGCUGGCCGUACUGUCUGUGGCUGGAUCUCCCCCCCUUUGGGUGUCUAUACAUCAAGUGUCCACAGCCGCAGCCGGAGACGAUGAAGGAUCUGGAUUCCGGGGAGAAAGCGAAUGCUGCACAGGACAGGCCUGCCAGCUCGAACGGUGAGGCAGGAAAAUUGGAAGAGAGGAGAGAAAAGCUGAAUGGCGUGGAGGAGAGAACGGCCGUGGUUAGCGGCAAGCGGGAAGCAGCGUGA